CAGCUAUCAAAGUCGCCGUGCGCCUCCUUCAGUUUAUCUUGAUUCUCGUGUCCACGAAUAUGGCUUCUGGCGCCUCUCUGCCUAAAAUCGGCUAUUACUGGGUAUUAUAUCUUGCCAAGGGCAUCUUGAUGACUACUGGCGGUGCGCUUAUGUAUACCGUUGAUUCCGACACCCGCAGGCAAUCGGGCUAUACCCUGGCAGGCAUCAAGCCACCCCUCCAAGGCCUUACCAGCAAAGACGCUCAGGGCGCCAUUUCUCUGCAGAAUAUCUCCCAAAUCGGCGGCACACCACUUUGGCUCUUGACAUCUGGGCAGAUCUUCCAGAGCCUCGCUUUUGUGAAUCUCGGAAAAGCCCUAGGCGGCCGUGGAUACACCACCGCGCAGAUCUGCAGCGCGGUUGCCGGUACGCAGAGUUCUUUGUUCAAGGAGCUCUCCGCAGAGCUUGCUGCAGCAAGCGCCAUUACCGAGGCCAUCAGGCGUGUGUACGUCCUCAGUAUUACGACUAGUGGUGUGUCUAUCAUCGCAGCCUUGCUGAUGAAGGAGAGAGUCUUUGCCUUCCUGCUGGCGGCGCUGGAGGCGGUUAACCAUGUAUCGGGCUGUGCUGCUGUACCUGAUGAGCGUGGAAUUGGUGGCUUCUGCUGCCCAGUAGGGUGUCAGCACUGUUUAACAACGCAUCCCACUCCAUUUACGGUCUGA